AUGAGCAUCACCAGGCUUUCCCAGCUUUGUGAACAGUUCGUAAAAUGCGAGUGUAAAUCUUCAAAACUAUUCACCGAAAACAUAGCAUACGCCUGGUGGGUGUCAUCUGAUUCCAUCAAAAUAACCUAUCGGGACGGAGCAGCAGCUAAGAGCAGUAAGUGCGCAAUCGGGAUAAAAGGCACAGGCGCAAAUGUAGCUCGUAAGUGUAACUGUGAUGCGAAUGACAGAAAAUGGCGCGAAGACAAUAGCCUCCUCACUAACAAGACACAUCUACCCGUCAAGCACCUGAGAUUUGGAGAUACAGAUCUCGAUCACGAGGAGGGUUACGAUACAUGUACCUUGAGAAAGUCGAGGUGCUAUGGAAUUGCAUAGCUGUAAUUGUGAUAUUGACCGUGCUCUUCCUUCAGCUACGAGUAGAGAAUAUAGCAGGGCUAAGUUGGUCGAGAUACGAUUAGUAUGGCAGCUCAUAUCAAGCCUCGAUAUGAUCAUAAAACUAGUUUUUCAUAAUUCUGAUCAAAUUGAAGAGUGCUAUCUAUGAUGAUAUUUCAGCGCAAAAGCCUCUUAAGUUCUUAAAAAAAUCUUGGAGUGAUUACCAAUAAUCAGAGGAGCAAAGGUUCUAAUGUUUUUGGAAGACGUUAGACUUACUUCAGGAGUGUUCCUUUAUUAAUAAUUGCUAAUAUAAUCCGUUCCAAAAACUAAACAGAGCCUUCACGUGUUAACUCUUUGAAAGUCACAUUAUUUAUUUAUAGCCACCCAAAUGAUUUGCAUGCCAUGCAUAAUACAUAUAUUUAGCCAAGCCUGAAAGCGGAGCUCGCAUUUUUUUUCCCGCACGUCUCAAGGGCACAACGCCUUGCCCCAGCCAGGACUAGCACCCGGGUCGUCCGACUCGGAGCCCAGUGCACUGACCACUGGAUAUUGGACAAAGCCGUGGCGUUGGCGUGCCCGCGGUACAGUUGACACGCAUGUUAAAAGUAGCACUUUGUACGGUCGUACGGUCGUACAUCCAAAUUUUUUCGGCUUGAUGGCUUACUACUAUUUUGUAUAAUAAUGGGGGCUACGCUCUGCGAGCUUCGCUAUUAUAGUAAUGAUAAAUUAAGAUUGUUGUCACCUAUUUCUUCGUUGAUUUAUCCGAUUCUUUUUUUGAUCAAUGACUGAUAAAACAUGAACCCUCAACCUGGACCAACACUCAAGGCCAUAUCACCCAAAAAAUCACCCUCGAAGACCCAGGAACAAAAUGUUCAGGGAAGAGGAAUAUAAAACAGCGGUUUGGGUUUGAUGGCGAACGUUUAUUUGACGAUCCAAAGGGCGUUUAGCGUUUUCCUCUUUCGCCUUACAAGUACACUUCGCGUUGAAACGAAACUGCCGUCUCAUUAUCCCGCUUUUUCCCGCAUAGCUUCCCUUGGCAUCCAGGGAUGCCAAACAACGCACCAGGAGUUCUCCUAAUCAGGACGGAUGUUAAGCAGUUGAACUCUUGGGAACGUCCAUCAGCUGCCCCUCCAAGAACUAAGGCGAGUGCAAAGCAUUUUUCUAAGCCAACCGCGACUGCUGAAUUAACUGCAGCAGUAACGUGCCAGUACCAGUAUCAGUUAUACGCUUUGGAUGGAGGAAUUUGAUAGAAAUAACUUCAGCUGAUGGGGCUAAGAAUGAGUUGAAAAUAAAGCAGCGGUUUCGUUUCGACGCGAACUGUACUUGUCAGGCCUAAGGAUGAAUUGAGUGGUAAGUAAACAGAGGCUCGUGAUGGGUUUUCGAAGGAUCUCAGAGAAUUACUAAGAGCCUAAGAUGUUCGAAGCGAAGUUAAAAUUCAACAAUUACGGGGGUAAAGGGGGUAAGUUUCUAAAGAUAUUGUGGUGCUGCGUUGGUGGGAGAGUAUAACAGGGUAAUUAAAUUUUAUUAAUUGAGUUUAUCAUGUAAAUUGGCCACCUUAUAGAGUUUCAAAGCUGUCGUUUCGAGCGUUAAGCCUUCAUCAGAGCGAAUAGAGGAAUUUUGACACAGUGACCCUACAUUUCCCCUUUGAUUCGAAGCUGUUCGACGAUUGUUUUAUCGAGACCCACGGUCUCUGGCUGUCCCGAAAUUUCUGAGAAGUCGUUUGGGCAUUUUGCCUUAAAACACCUGUCGUAUUGUUGUGUGGUCCUCUAAAUACACAAAUUCCUGUCACGCACGCAACAAAUAAACUUGUAACAGGAGCUGUCGUGUUUUUUCCAGCAUACCGUUUAAACUACGCGAACAAAUAAGCUGUCUCUUUAAGAAUGAUGUGCUUCAAGAGUGCUUUUUCAACUUCCUCAUUUAUCUUCAUCAUUUUACUUGGAAUCAUUUCGCCACCGGUUUACGCUGACGCUGGUGAGUAAUGUCAUAAGAAAGCAAUGACCUAAAGCAACUGAAUAUAUGACGUGUUCAUUGCCCUAUUUACAAGCAUGGAAACACGAAUUCAGUGAAAAAAAAACGAAAGCCUCAAUUCAUAACCGUUUUAUAUUUUGAUUAAAUGUGGUUGGACAAUUCUUAGGUGAAAUAGCCCUGGUCUCUGUCGAUAUUCAAAGAGACCGAGUCAAAGAAAAAAAUUAAAUUAACACAAUAAGUUAGCAUCGACUUCUGCUUGCUAUGUUCGACAACAUAGCCCUUUGAAUUCAAUUUCCUAAACGCACUUAAUUUUAAACGUCUCAAGGAAUAAAUACCUAAGAAGAAAAGCAUAGUACUAAGCUUUCAUAGUUUUGAGUUCUUAUUGUUUCGUUCGAACCUUUAAUCAACGGGAAGUCGAGAUCCCACACCUGCCUCGUGUUUUCGAGAGCACAGUUCGAGAAAGAUCUACUGUUAUGAAAAAUAGGACAUAAAAUACAAGGCAAGGAAACCAAAGUUUUUGACCGUUUAAAACAUUGCACUAGAUAAAAAUGAUUAAGUCUGCUUACCUAGCUAUGUAACGUGUUAGAAAAUUUUAAUUUUGUCUUUUUACUUGUCUUUACAAUCGUAAAUAAGUAAUGCCAACGUCCUCCUAUUAACGACAUGCAGUGAUAAUUUCGGAGCGCGAAAAUGGUUCCAUACUUAUGGAGAAUUCCCCUAGCGAAGUUUUUUCUUUGUAAUUAUACUGAGAUCUUUUGAAGUUUAUGACUCAGUCUGUCGUAAAAUCGCUUUUCUCGCAAUCGCGCUUCCAGAGGGAUAGGAGUUUAAAAAAAUGCUUUUACGUUGUCAGGUAAUUCUCAAUUCAGAAAUGGGACUGUUAAAAAAUAAAGUCUAAAUACGUGGAUCGAGGUAUAACCGAAGCCGAGAACCUCUUUAGCGUUUGUACAUUCUAGUCAAGCGUUUUCAGAAUGUCUUUAACUGAAGUAUGCUUAGCCAUUUGAGUUCACCGAAUGAAUCAGGCGCCAAUCAAUUCGCGAAAGUUUCAAAUCGAAGUACCUCCAAAUCUGAAGAAUUCUUGCUAAAUGUAAUUUCGCAAGAUAUUUCCAGGAGCUAUUAUACGCUCCUGACACUCAUCAAAAGCUUAAUGAGAUGCAAAAGCUCUGCUUAUAAAAUUGCUUAAAUGUUGGUACAAUUUCAACCAGGGAUUGUGAUUUUAAAGUUGAUGACAAAGAAUUCUUGAAAGCAAUGGAAAGUUAAAAUUGAAAAUUAACGUAUUCCGUCGGAACUUUCUUUGGUCUUAUUCAGGUGACAACUGCCGCGACAUUUUAUUCAUGGAACCAAUACCAAACAAAGUGAUUACGGGCCACGUGAUCAAGAUUUUAGAACUACCUUAUGAAGGAGAGUGCCACGUGAUGUGUUAUAUGGAGCCCGAUUGUGUAUCCAUCAAUGUUAGACCUUCUUACGGAGGGAAAUACAAGUGUGAGUUAAAUAACGCCACAGCUGAUGUAGACCAAUUAACUGUCGUUCAGGAAGUAGCCGACAGUUAUUACCGAGCUAUUGAGGUAAAUAAGCAUUUCAGUCACUAGAUUGGAGCUUAUUAUCUUUUUUUUUCUUCCUUUUUUUUCUUUUUGCGUGCGAAUUAAGGUGGUUUAUAGGUUUUAUGAAUGGAACACUCAUGAUGAAAGUUAUCUUUGAGCUGUUCCUGAGACGACACCAUCUUUGCUGCUAAAACAUUGCAGCCCAUAGAAACAACCUAAAACAAGCAGAACAAAACAAAAUCAAAAGGAUAAGAAAAGUUAUAUACAAAGCCGGUCAUUACAGAUAAAUUCGUGUGAUCUGCAUGUGAUGGCUCAAGACUUUUUAAAAUGGCAUCAGUGUAAAAUUUGCCAAAAAACGCGAUAUAUAAAGUUGUCGACGCCUCUUACCAACAGCACCAUUUCAAGAUGGAAAAUUAAAAUAACAUUUUAAAAAAUUAAGUUAACGCAAAAAGAAGAACAGCACACCACAUUAAUAAGAUGCGUACAUCUGCUAACAAACCUAAAAGUUUUCCAGCACAGUUAACCAGUUAAUUAAAGUACUGUGCGAAACUCUUUUUUCACGGGCUAUCUUUUAUAUUGGAAUUUUCUCAUUCAGCCGCGGGAGUCGACUAUUAUUCGCAACAAUUAUUCGCCGACGGCGAAGUGGAUAUUGUUGAAUGAUAUUCUUUUCGCUUUCGGCGAAUAAUGUUUUUAGUAUAAUUGCUCGGCUAAGCAGAUAAGCAACACUUUUCCACUAGAAUUUAACAGGUUCCUUCAAUUCAAUUAGCAAAAACCAUAUCUUUCUUAAAAAAAGUGUUAGCCUAAAAUUAGCAGCAUCUCUUUCGCUCUUCAGAAUUUUAUUUUCUUCUAUCCAGGGUAUCACCUCGCGAGCUAAAUUUUCAAAACGUGAGGCAGCCACUUUGAAAUUUAGCGCCCCUGCUAUGAUCACCUCGCGCAAGGUGAUUAUAACGAGAUAUGAUGCAAUGCUCCACCAAUCAAAGCGCGCGCAUUUCUUUUAUCACUGGAGUAAUUAAAUUAAAUACAAAUAACAUGUCUAGUCUGAUUGGUUCAGGUGUAUUUUAAAUUUCAUUUAACAUGGGCGUGCUUUCACCCGAAAUUUUCUCUUAAAGGUAGUAACAAAGCAGUUGUUGAUACGUUUAUAUUUAUAACGUUGACGUUUGAGUUAUUAUUUAAUGAAAAUAAAUUUUAACAGAAUCCUUGCGAUAGCAACCCAUGUUAUAAUGGAGGUACCUGUCAAGCUGGAUUUACAAAUAAAGGUUUUCGUUGCAUUUGCCCAUCUGGACUCCAAGGAAUAAAAUGUAAAGGUAAUAUAAAUGAGCGAACAUAGUCAUAGUCAUAAAGUGGAAGUUUUAGCAUCACCCAUUGGGCAACCCACGGGCAUUUGACUCCCCUGCCCGGGGGUAGGGGGGGGGGAGGAAUUUGAACCUCGCCUGGCCGAGUUGGGAAAUUUGAACCAAAAGUGUCAAGUCUUUUUCAACGGAAUACGCGUUUUGAACUUAAAACAUGAAGGUGUUUAAAGGCAAAAAGUUCGUUUUUGCGAGCACAUGGCUCAGAAGUUCCUGGGAAUGCUGGGGAGUUGUUGAACCUUCAAAUCAGAUCGACGCAUAGAUCACGAUCGAGGGCGAAGGUUAAGGGACUGAGGAUCAAUUCAGAAUAGAUUCUAAGAAACCAAGGAUGGGAAUCACGGUCAGUGCCUGUUCAUCAUAAUUUUAUCAUCACAACCCUUGGUCUCGAGACACUAAAUAAGUCUUCCUUUGAUAAAUCAAUGGGCUAACCUGAAUUUUUCUUCAUUUUAAGCUGAAUGGCGACUUCCUCGUUGUAAAACAAAUAUCCUUCUAUUCUUUGCGUAGAAUAGCAAGUCCCCGUAAACGCAAUUAUGAUUAUUUUGCGAGGAAUCACUGUGCACAGGGUGCUGCUUUUCCGCUCAAGGCGUGCGUAAUGCUAACCUCUAUAUGAAUUUUCAUAUAUCUAAAAUCUUCAAAAAAAUAUAUGAAUUUUCAUAUAUCUAAAAUCUUCAUUCACUUGGAUGUUUAUUUGGACCCAAUUCAUUGACCAGCUCCCAGUUGGCUUGUUAGCUCAAUUGGUAGAGCGCUGCACCGGUAUCGCAGAGGUCAUGGGUUCAAAUCCCGUACGGGCCUGAAUUUUUCAGGUCCAAUUUACAACUACUCGUUUCAGUAGUGUUCUUAGCUGCGAGGAUCUCUUAAUUUCAUCUCUCCACCGCAGUGCAAAUAUAUGAAUUUUCAUAUAUCUAAAAUCCUCUGCAGAAGAUAUUAAAAUGUAUCACAUCUUUUCUUCUCAUUAGCGGUGAAGUCUUGCAGCGAGCUGAGGAUAAUUCACCCUGAAGCAAAAAGCGGCAAUUACGUCAUUGAUCCUGACGGUGAUGGAGGACUGAUGCCGUAUAAUGUCACCUGUAACAUGACUGACAAGAACGGAGUUGGCGUGACAGUUAUAAGUCACGACAGCGAAAGCAGAACACUGGUGGAUGGAUGUGACUCAGAGGGUUGUUACUCACGCGAGAUCGUUUACACAGGAGCAAGCUUUCCUCAGCUAGCAAGCCUCACCAACGUCUCCCUGCACUGCGAACAACAGUUUAAGUUUGAGUGUUUUCAUGUAAGGAUGUAUAAGAACAGAGACUAUGCCUGGUGGGUGUCACGUGAUUCCAUGAACAUGACUUACUGGAAUGGAUCUGUAUUUAGCCCACGCAAAUGCGCAUGUGGAAUGGACAACUCUUGCCAACAGCGCGCAAAUAAUAACAAAAUAAAUUACUGUAACUGUGACAUGAACGAUAGCACAUGGCGGGAAGACACAGGUCUACUCACAAACAAAUUACAUUUGCCAGUUAAACAACUGAAAUUUGGAGAUUCAGGAACAGCAAAAAACAACGUUAAUGAACACGGUUAUCAUACGUUGGGAAAGUUCAAGUGUUACGGAAAACACUGA